AUGGAUGACACCCUGAAGAGCAUUGACGUGCUCACCACACACUACGUGGACGGCGGCCUGAACCAUGUUGGCUUCGAGACACUCUAUCGCAUGCUGAAGCUGAUCCCAGCAAUCGAAGACCAGAUCGCCAACAUCCUGCUCACGAGGACAAUGGAGGAAGAGAAGUUCCGAUGCUACAACCGCUGCAUCCUCGACGUCUGCAACGCUUUCCACGAGAACAUGAUGUCGGCAGUCGACGACGCUCUUGAUGCUCGCAACUCGCUACCCGAGCUCGAUGGUGAUGUCACGGUGCUGAAGGGCAGGCUGAAGCAGUGGCAGGAGCAGUUGAGGAAGCUGCACAUGCCCACGGGGAAUGAUACCGCAUUGUUCAAGUGUAUCCUGGAAGACUACGAUGAGUUUGUCUAUGGUCCGUUCGCCGCCAUCCAUGAGCAGAAGCCAGACUGGGCACUGGGCGCCUGGAUCACAGAAUCCACGGUCGUCCGCGAGGCGCUUGAGAAGCUGCAGUUCGUCGCCCAAGAAGCCGAUCAGUUGGUGCAGAAUCUAGACCAGCGAUUCCGCACCGCGGUUCAACAGUUCCACGAAAUGAAGAGUGAACAAGCAGCACCAGUCAUCAAGGCGCCAGUUGGCAACGAAACCCUGCUCCCGCCCACGGUAUAUCACCCGACCGCGUCCAAGAAGCCCGUCCACCCAAAUGCGAUCUGGAGCAAGUCGUUUGGCAUUGCAGAAGAAGAGCUCGCGCGUCGUGGCCACAUCCGUGCAGCAACGUUCAGCGAAGCAGAUUACACAGCAUCAAGUCUGAGUGCCGGGCUCGUUCAACCACCUCCGCCUCAUGGACAUGUAUUCCCAACCGUUGGAUUGCGUCGAAAGGGAACCAGCGUGCCACGCAUCUUCACCGGCUCGUUCAGUCAGCUGGAGAGCGACCUGCGUAAGCUCCACAUCGACAAGGUUGAAACUCCAGUGAGCUCGAGCAUCGACCGCGACGAACCCGUAAAGGUUCGGGAUUUCGGUGCCACCCCUGCUAUCUCGCCGUGUACAUCGCCGAUUUCGAUGUCGUUACAGCGCCGCGAGGCUCUGGUGAGCCGCGAUGCUGAGUUUCAGGACCGAGUAGUCAAUGGUGAGGUGAUUAAGCAUCGCCGCCCUUCCAACAGAGCUCUGACAAUUGACGAUGCCACUGGCGGAUUAGAGGCCUGGCUCGCACAGGAACCGCGUGAGAGGGACGCCGCCAACCUGGACAGCGCUGGAGUGCGACGUGGCUGCCACAGACACCGAGAAAAUACCAUCUAA